AUGGAUAUUCCAGUCGAAUUGAAAUACAUAACUCCUUACGUUCAGCGUGGUCAGGAAUUGGCCACAAGAGAUCCUGUAGUAUCAUAUUAUGCCCAAUAUUAUGCCGCCAAAUUAGCUAUUGCAAGAGGACCUAGAACAAAAGAAACGAACGAAUAUUUGUCCCAUUUACUCGACGCUUUAGAAACUCAAAAAAAAACCAUUGGGGAAAACGAAGCCAUUACAGAUGACUUGGUUGGAUAUGCUCAUGUUGAGAACUUCGCUCUGAAGAUAUUCCUGAAUGCAGAUAAUGAAGACCGCUCUGGAAAGUCAAGCAAAAAAACAGCAAAAACUUUCUUGGCUGCUUCCAUCUUUUUAGAAUUGUUAAAAACCUUUGGCGAUCUUGAUCCCGAGGUUGAGGCCAAGAUCAAAUACUCUAAAUGGAAAGCAGCUGAUAUUAUGAAGGCUUUGCGUGAAGGACGUGUACCUACGCCAGGUUCACCCGGAGAAGAAGAACAAAGCGAAAAUAUACCUUCCAUAUCGGAGUUCCCUAGUCCACCCUCUAACUUUACAGCGCCUUUACCACCCAGUAAUACCUCUGAUGUAACUCAUACACCACCACAAUUACCAAAGCCUGUUACUUCUCAACCGUCUGCUAAUUCUCAACCACAUGUUACUGCUAAACCGCCAGUUAUUUUUCAGCCAACCAUUGUUGCUAAUCCUGCUGUAGCUCCUCAGUUAGCAACUCCUGUCAAUCUUAAUACCGUAGGUGAUGCACAGAUCGCCUCUGCUCAAAAGAAUGCUAAAUGGGCCAUCAGCGCAUUGGAUUAUGAGGAUAUUAAAACUGCACGUUUGCAAUUGCUGUCUGCAUUAAAUGACAUUGGUUUUAAUCAAGAAAAUAAUUUUGGAUUUUAA